AUGAGCGACUUUGAAUCCUCGUACACAACAACCGACGUUGUUUGUUCGAAUCAAAACUCUAUCAACAACCCGUUGGCAAGUAACGGAAGUGACCACCAUCAGUUAUCAAAUAAUGCAAAUAUUGAGAAAAGUAGUUUGGAACCGUUAAAUUCUUCUUGUGGACUCUCUUCCGACGUCCUUUCAGCCUCUUCAACAACAUUGGACGGAACAUCAACUCCUUCUGUAUCAUCAUCAUCAUCAUCGUCAGGUGCUGACACCUAUAGUAGUAGUAAUACUUCCAAUGAUGGGGAUAAAACAAAUUCAAACAAAGCAAAUUCAACCGACAAGGAACCAACCACUUCAACAGAAAAACCUACUUUUGACCUAGACAAUAUUCUUCUUAAAGGAGAUUACACUGGCAAGAUAUUUUGGUCUCAAGUAAAAGAGAUGGCCACGCGAGAAAAUAAGAGAAUUUUGGAUGAAGUAUCCAAUCUCACGAUUAAAUCUAAAAUUCUGAAAGGGAUUGAGGAAGGUAAUAUCAAAGGUAAAAUAAUGAAAGAAGGAAAAAUUGAUACUCAACUAGCUCGUCAGGUUUUAUGCUAUGUCGUACAACCACCUGGAGAAAACAAGCAAAAAAAGAAAGGAAAAAGAAAAUCAAAGAAAGAAAUGUUGGAUGAGAAGGCAAAAAUUCUUUUACAAGUCACUGAGUGCGUGAUAGAAUGUAAUUUCAAACAAAAUACUUCAUCUAGCUCCGGUUUGAUGUCAACAACCAAUAGUAAUAAUAACUCAACAUCAAGCCUGGAUGACUCAGAAAAUGGAGAUGAGGAUCUACUACAACUGACACCGACUGAAAAGGUCGUUGAAUUAGAGAAAGAGCUUGAAGCUAUUUGGAAAAAAACCAACUUACUGAACUAUAUCCGCCUACCAGAUCAAAAAGAUCACUCCAACGAUAAGAAGAAUGUAUCAGAAGAAGAGCCAUUUACCCUGGAUACAAACGACAAAGUGUACAAGCUAGUGACAGAGAAUUCUGAGAUUGGAUUUGGAUUAAUCAUGGUUAUGAAAAGCAUCAUUUUGGUGUCGUUAAGAAAUAGAGGUCUCAUUGACCAAGUGAAACAGUUUUGCAUAGAUUCAAAAGAAGAAGGCCCUCUCGUCGAGAUUUUACUGGAAGAGUUAAUAGAGGAGAAGAAACACCGUAUAAAAGUAGAUGGAGCCGACCUUUCCGCAUUUGGGGAAAAUCCUAAGGAAGACGAGUUUAUUCGAAAAUGUGUAGAGCACUUGGAGAGGAUAAAAGACAAACCAGAACGAGAUGCUGAGGCUAAAAAAUUUGUAAAUACUAUGUCUUUAUUCAUGGAGCAAAUGGAGGAAAUUGAAAAGCACCCAAAUUUCAGUAGAACUGUACAAAUCAUACGGUCAUGCAUGAGCACAGUAUUACCUAAAAAUAUUGGUGGAGUGAUGGCGUACACUGUGAAGCUUGUUGGAGUGUCGACACCAAGUAUUGAUAACAUUCACUUUAUGACGUCAGAUCUGAAUGACUCUGGACAAUUCGCGUCUGAUGAAAUAAUUGUCAACGACCAUGAGCAAUAUCUCCAAAUGGAUAGCGAAUACCUUCAUUUGGCUCUUCAGUUAUUGUCAUAUGCAGCAUUUUCACAACAAAACCAAAAAGAAACAGUCAUCCAAGCCAAUAUACUUCUCUCUAAGACAUACAACUUUAUUAUACGACCUGAGAACGUUACAGAUAGGCAAGCUGUACUAGCAUUUUUGAGAAUGGCUGCAUGGAUUUCACCAGUAACACCCAAAGAGGAAACAUCCUAUUACUACUCGUACACAACGACCACGGUCUUAAAGCAAAUGGAUGAAAUUGAAAAUGAAGAUCCAGUACUGCAAGAACAACGGAGAAUAUUAAUGGAAUACAUUGCUCAGCUUGAUCUUCAUCUUCAUGCAUACAUGAGACAAAUUCACACGAGCUUGAGGGGCCUUUUCCAAAUCACACUAAAGAGUAGUGCAGGUGUGAAUGGUUACAAAAAAUUUGUACAGCUUAUUCUUUCCACAAAAUCUUAUUUUACAUUGGAAAAGAAGGAUGAAGAUUGGAAAUUAUUGAUCGAAUAUAUUACCAACAAAUAUAGAAGGCUACGAUCAUUUUGCAGAAUGCUAAAAGACUCUGCCCUUAAAACAGAUGAUGAAGCACCAGCUCUUGUUAAUACUUCGCAUAUGACCAUUACUAAUCAUCCUCAAUCCUCCCAGUCAGCAGCGUACUACCCUCCUCCCCCACAACAAAAUUAUUUGACGCAUACAGAUGCAUUGGCAAGUUUUGAAGAGUACGACGAUGAAGAAUCAAAAAAGAGAUCCAAUCCUUUUACUGACUCAGAACAUGAUAGACAAAGGUUAAAGCUUAUUUAA